GAGAGAGAGAGAGAGAGAAAGUGAGAGAUAGGAAGAGCCCUUCCGUGCUCCGCUCGGUGUUUCCCGAUUAAACCUCGCCCUCACUCGGCCUCGCCUCUUCCUCUAGUACCGGACGACUUUUUUUAGUAUCUACUGGGCGGACCUGGUGUGUGUGUCUCUGUGUGUGUGGGUUUUUUUACCCUCACCGGCCGACAGAAACAUUUUACCGGGGGCGGGGAGGCAAACAAGAAGACAGAAGAAGAAGGAGAAGCGGGAAAUAUGGCUACGACAACCUGUACAAGAUUCACGGACGAGUAUCAACUCUAUGAGGAGCUUGGCAAGGGCGCCUUUUCAGUGGUGCGUCGUUGCGUGAAGCUAUGCACGGGACAGGAGUAUGCGGCCAAAAUCAUCAACACCAAAAAGUUAUCGGCCAGAGAUCACCAGAAGUUGGAACGAGAGGCUCGCAUCUGUCGCCUGCUCAAACAUCCCAACAUCGUUCGUCUUCAUGACAGCAUAUCAGAGGAGGGCUUCCACUAUCUGCUCUUUGACUUGGUGACCGGAGGUGAAUUGUUUGAAGACAUCGUUGCCCGAGAAUACUACAGUGAGGCCGACGCCAGCCACUGCAUCCAGCAGAUCCUGGAGGCCGUGCUUCACUGCCAUCAAAUGGGGGUUGUUCACCGAGAUCUGAAGCCAGAGAACCUGCUCCUGGCCAGCAAAUGCAAGAACGCGGCGGUGAAGCUGGCUGACUUUGGCCUGGCCAUCGAGGUGCAGGGGGACCAGCAGGCCUGGUUUGGUUUUGCUGGUACACCAGGGUACCUGUCCCCUGAGGUCUUGAGGAAGGAGGCAUAUGGUAAACCUGUGGACAUCUGGGCCUGUGGGGUGAUCCUGUACAUCCUGCUGGUGGGUUACCCUCCUUUCUGGGACGAGGACCAGCACAAGCUGUACCAGCAGAUCAAGGCCGGAGCCUACGAUUUCCCUUCUCCAGAAUGGGACACGGUAACCCCGGAGGCCAAAAACCUGAUCAACCAGAUGCUGACCAUCAACCCAGCCAGAAGGAUCACCGCCCAGGAAGCCCUCAAGCACCCGUGGGUCUGCCAACGCUCCACGGUGGCUUCCAUGAUGCACAGACAGGAGACAGUGGAGUGCCUGAAGAAGUUCAAUGCCAGGAGGAAACUCAAGGGAGCCAUCCUCACCACCAUGCUGGUCUCUCGGAAUUUCUCCGUGGGCAGCCGGCAGACCACCGCUCCGGCCUCUGCGCUUCCGGUCUCUGUCAGCGCCGGUACCACAGCGGGUACCGCCGCGGGGUUGGUGGAACAAGCAGCCAAGACUUUGCUGAACAAGAAGGCCGACGUGAAGAAACGCAAGUCCAGCUCGACUGUGCAGUAUAUGCCUCAGACAAACAGCAAAAACAGCAUAGUCACCAGCCCCAAGGGAAACAUCCCUUCACCUGCUCUGGAGCCCCAGACCACCGUCAUCCAUAACCCGGUGGACGGGACUAAGGAAUCAUCGGACAGCAGCAACACCACUGUGGAAGAUGAAGAUGUGAAAGCCCGCAAACAGGAAAUCAUCAAGAUCACCGAGCAGCUCAUCGAGGCCAUCAACAAUGGAGAUUUCGACGCUUACGCUAAAAUCUGCGACCCGGGCUUGACUUCCUUUGAACCGGAGGCACUGGGCAAUUUGGUGGAAGGGAUGGACUUCCACAGGUUCUACUUUGACAACCUGCUGUCAAAAAACGACAAGCCGAUCCAUACCACCAUCCUGAACCCUCACGUGCACCUGAUCGGCGAAGAUGCCGCCUGCAUCGCGUACAUUCGCCUCACGCAGUUUGUGGACGGGCAGGGCCGGCCGCAAUCCAGUCAGUCUGAGGAGACCCGAGUGUGGCACCGCAGGGAGGCCAAGUGGCAGAACAUACACUUCCACUGCUCCGGAGCACCAGCCGCCCCGCUGCAGUAGUCGGGAGUGAAGAGGAGGACGACGAUAAUCAAGACACACACACACACACACACACACACAAUUUGAGGCUUCACUUGUGUCACUGCACUGGAAACACUCUGUAAAGUUUGAAAUCCUUAUUGUAACAAUGAAUACUAAUUAUUACCCAUUUGUAUACAAUGUGUCAUUUGUACCAUGAAAAUGAUUGACGCCAGUGGUUUGUAGUUUAAUGACUUGUUUUGGUUUUAUUAAGGACGCAUGCACCCUGUGGCUAUUAAGUGGAACGUCAUAGGACAUCAGUAUACAGGUGAUGUGUAUUUUUUUCUUUUUUUUCUUGAGUAAUUUGUUUAUUAUGCUGUAUGUUACCCAUGAUGCUCGCACCCCGACUCGUUGUGUCUUUGGGUGCGUUAUAUUUGAAUGUUUUAUAUUUUAUUUUUUAAAAUAAUGUGAGGGUUAGGGGGUCAGCUUAGGCCAGUGUCUUCCCAUUCAGAAUUAUGAAUAGUUUAAACGUAGUGGACGAGUCAUGUGCCAGAAGAAAAAAAACUGCCAAAAAAACAUAAUCAUUCAAUUUAAUCCAAAAUGUAUCACUUGUGUUUUUGUUGUCUUUAAGUAAAGUAAGUAUUCAGUUAGUUUAGAGAAAAGGGGGCUGCAUUUGUUUGCGUUUUUUUUUUUGGUCCUCAGCUUUUAAUGAUUCUUGAGUGUUUAUGUUUUGACAUUGUCAUUUAAGGGCACAUUGCACCAUUUUUAAAGGGAGCACUUUUUUCCCCCGUGUACAUUUAUGUCCCAAGUUCUUCAAAUUUUUAGGGAGAAUUUUCGUCAUAGCCAGAACCUCAUAAAUAUUUAAUCAUGUUCAAAAACAAAAAGGCUGAGUGAUGUAGCUGAGGUCAAAUCAGUGCAUGUUUGCCAGCACCUCUCCAAAUGUGCAACCUACUCAAACACAAAACUUCCCCGGGUUCAUUUAAAUUCUAGUGUUGCUAUUCAAACUCACAAGCGUUAUUAAUUCUGCUAGGAUAGGAAACAAUUUUCAAACUUCCUGUUCAUUUUGUUGCCGUAGUCCCCUAAUUGCGUUCCCACAUAAAAAAAAAAGAAAAAAAAAGAAUCUAUCAGCAUGUCCGAGCGUAUGGUUCUUUCUCAGUGUGUUUACAGUAUAAGACUCACAACUAUUUAAAUCAUUAAAAAGUUCUCCCGCUAUGUAUAAAUGAUGAUUUCCUACUCUCGUAGCCUAUUCCUUAAUCACUACAUAGAAAUUGACCACAUUUUUGGCCUGACAAGUGUAGUCUCAGUCCCACAACCUUUUUGGCUAAUCUGUAUCUAUUUUCUCUGUGCUUAUGAUGUAUAAAUAUAAAGCUAUUUUUGUCUCCAGAUGAUCUAACUCAGAUGAAUAUUAUAUAAAGAGAUGAUUUUGUACAAAGCAGUCAAGCACAAAACCACAAGCGACUUCUCGUCCUUACCCGCUCGAUGGUGGCGCUUUUGCUUGCCUUCUAUUUAUUGCCCUGCAUUUUCGACCUUGCAGCUUGUGUUGUUUCCCUCGUUUUAAUUCUGUGCGAUGCGAUGGCGCUUUCGUGCUCUUUUGUUGUAUCCUGCCGUGCUACUUUUCCGCUCUUGUUUGGGCAACUUGUGCUAAAAUGUGUUCUCAAUAAAAUGGCAACGUUGACAUAUAGAAA